AUGUCUACACCGCCUGCUCCAUCCCACGCGGAUGUCAAUCAUGCCCAUACAAAUUCAACGCCUGCACAGACCACCGCUGUUGUUCAAGUUCGCCCACAAAAGAAAGCCGUCAACACUGCUGCUGCUAUGCUCCCGAAGUCCACCAGUCAACCUGCUCAGCAGAAGAAGGUUCCUCGGCGCUCCAGCAAGCCUUUCAUUAAUUGGUUCCAGCGCAAGUUGGCUGGGACCGUUCGAGGAAAGCGAACGGAGAAUGUCCCCCUCAAUAUUGCAGAACUUGGCAUGGGCCGCACCGCUUCGACUUCGAGUCGGCCAAUGGGUCGCAUAACCUCGUCGCCACUUCCUGCUCCAGCCUCUCACCACCACCUCAAGCACCCUUCGAAGGCAGAUGCAUCGUCCUUGGCACGCAGAAAGACUCGGUCAAUAUCCCUAAACGGAGACGAGGAAUUGCGGGACCUCAGCCAAUCCUGUAACGGAGAGGUUGAUUCUCUGGACCAGUCGUCAAUAAACCGAGAGUCUAUCUGGUCUCCUGCCAGUGCUUUGGAAGCAGACGACGAUGCGUCCGUUCGACCUAUACCGCCUAGUGCACCACCCUCACCCUCACCGUCCCGCUCUUCAUCCUCCUAUCUUUCAGACCCUCGCACAUUCAGGAGCAUGGCAGCCAGUACCAAACCUACGACGCUUCUCAGCAUCGACCUCAAUGGCAACGGGAUGGCUCACAUCGCGCAGGCUCCUCCAGCACAAGUUCAUCGUUUCGCACCCCAUGUCCGGCAAUCGUCCUCAUUGAGUAGUGCCGGUUUGCUGAAUAGUGGCGCUUCUAUUACAUUUUCUGCCCUACCGUCUGCCCAGCCCUCGUCUCGACCAGCAUCCCUUCGAAAUCCCGGAAGCCUAGCUUCGUUCACUGCGUCCGCACAACAGACGUCAGCACAACACGCUCUGUCUCCUGUGCAGGCACCUUUGCAUACCAAUCAUCAUCCAAGGAACAACCCACGUCCUUCAUCCCCUCCUCUCGACAAUGCGUCAGUUUUGACAUUGGCGUCUUCGGCUUUCGGGGUCCCAAAUCGUGUCGGCCCUCAGAACUAUCCACCAUCCGCAGUUGGGGACUCCGCGUCCCAUUAUGGAGGCAGCAUCAUGUUCCCUGACGGAGAGAGUACAAGCCAUUAUGUCCUUGGAGAUGAUGUGGAGGAACGUGAUUUUGAUGCCAGUGUGCGAGCGUUGAGGCCUAGGAGUUCCAGGAGAGGAAGCUGGGAAAGCGAAGCCAGCAGAUGGAGUGCAAGAAUCCAGGGCACACCCUCGCUUGCUAGGGACCGAAGCCUGUGGACAUCCAACAGCAUCAGGACGGGGACUGGGGGUAUCAGCACCGAGAAUGGAGAAGCCUACGAAACGGCUGAUGACGAAACUCCCGAUACUGCAACGGGUGAUCUGGACGAUCUGGACAAGGACGACUCGCUUGUUGAAUCUCCUCUUGAAGCAACAAAAAGCGCUCCUGCUGAUCCGUUGCCCGUCAUAAACGAGCCCGCUGUUGAAUCUAUGAUCACGCCGGCUGAUACACCCGUCGCUGCUACACACCCCGCUGAUAUCAAGGUUCCUGUCCCUAACCACACCCUCCAUCGGACGUCUACUGAAACCAUUAGCCAUCCUACCGUCAGCCCGAAUUCCGCGACAAAUUCUCGUUCGGAGAAGACCGAUACUGCACCCCUCGUCGAAGGUUCCACUGAAAAAUCCGUCCUGGCGACUGGCACUGCCUAA